AUGCAUGUUCCUUGUGCAGCGCUGCAAGCCGCGGCAGCUGCAAUGGUUGACGUAGGAGUGGACGGUAGCCAUGCCCACCAUCCAACCGGGCCCGUAGCUGCAGCAGCUGCAGUUGUUACCCCCAGGGUAAGACCGGCUAAACUGUAACACGCUACAGUGCCAUAAUUACAAGCCGUUUAGUCCUGAUGAUUAAAAUUGAGAACACCGGCAGAACUCCGGUUUUUGCGCUCCUCAUUUAGAAAAUAUGAAAUUUCUCAGUGACAAAGCACGAUGAAAAGCAAACGAUAUGUAAGUUACUUUUAAAGCUCGUUUAAUGGCGGUUCUAACGAAGUGCAAAAAUUAGCUCCAUCUUUUCAAAGAAAAAACCAGAUAGGUUUGCAAAAUUCUUUUUUCUUUUUCUAUAUUUGUAUGUUGUGGGUUUCAUGUGUUUGAUGAAAUAAAUUUCAGUUCAGUUCAGAUGCUCUUGACAUUCAUAUCUUGAAAAUUUCAAAUUUUGCUCGAAAACUAUAUUUUUCUCAAACAACAAACAUGUUCUUUUAAUGCUUUUGUCACCAGUUUAUAGCACGCUUUCCACGCCACAAAACCCAGUAUAAACAAUAUCUUCACUAUGCUUCCUUACUGAGUCAAAAAACGUUUGUCAUGUCGGUAAAUGGUCAAACUAUUUAAAACUAAUUUUUUGAGAACGAUCAUAGUUUCAAACCAAAAAUUAUAUAUGGUUAGAUGCAUAAUAAAAUUCUCUAUCGAACCUACUAUUCAGUGUUUUGAUACUUCACAUUUUUAAUGCGGCAGAGUUCUUUGUACAUAUAAACGAACAUAUGAAAUAGUCCGUCUGACGGUAGUUAAAAUAAAAGCAACACACAAUGAUACUAACAGAGAAGGAAAAGAAAUAACAGAAUAAAAUUUAAUUCUAAAGAGCACUAGAAAAUGAGAGAUAUGGUUAUUUCAUUUUUAUUUUAAUUCUUUGACUGACGCAUCCUUCUAUAUCUUAUUCUUCUCGAGUCAUUUUUAGAAUUAACUUUUAUUCUGUUAUUUCUUUUCCUUCUCAGUUACUAUCAUCGUAUGUUUGUUCCUUUUAAUUUAACUAUCGUCUGGCAGACUAUUUCAUGUGUUCGUUUAUAUGUACAAUUUUCAUGUAUAAAUAACAACUGUCUUUAUAGCCCUUUGUACAUUUUCCUGAUGAUCAACUUAGACGGUUCGAAACCUUGAAUAUAAAGAUAAAAAGCGUUAAUAAUUCUAUAUAGCGUGUACUACGAACUAUAUAGAAUCGCCUUUAACAAAACAAAACAAAAACAACUGUCGUUUACCGAUUUUCCCUCGAUUCGAGUCCAUCCAAAAUUUUUUCCGAGUCCAAUCCAGUCCAUGGGCUUCAAAGUUUGAGUCUAGUCCAGUCCGAGUCCAUGAAAUCCAAAAAAUUUGAGUCCAGUCCAGUCCAUACGGAGCUCUGACAUAUAAUCAAGACUCCAAGGUACUCAUAUCACUCCUUGGAUGUAGUGAACUGCAUUGGACUCCAAACUCCAACUCCAACUCCAACUCCAUGGAGUUCACUACUUGGAUCCCUUUGGUUUACUCUCAGUUCGUCCCAAAUUGACUUCUCAAUUCGUCCCACGAAGCUUUUUUUCUCAGUUCGUCCCAUCAACAUUUCUCUCUCAGUUCGUCCCAUAUCAGUUUGCACUUAAUUAGCUUUAA